AGGCCGCCGGGCGGGGCGGACCAGACCCGACCCGACCCGACCCGACCCGCGGCUGGAUGGCAGCGGCGGCCCCGGGAUCGGCGGAGGCGCACGUACUCUUUUUGCAACUGUAAGUCCAGGCAACAAGCUUCCAGAGAAAACACUUGUAAAGAAACCUUUUCUUCUUCAUAUUUUCCCCUCAACAACAUCUCAAAUGUCAUUGUGUGGCAAUGAGCAGUUGUGCAGACAGAGAUGAAGCUGUGUUAUAUGAAAAGAGAUUGGCCAACCUGGCUGAGACCACUUAGCGAUGACAAAGCGCAAGCUUCUGCUGGAUGGGACACUCUCCUUGUUCCUGAUGGUGGCCUGUGAGGCUCAGCAGCUCCCCAGGAGUCGUGGUGCUGCUGGGUCUGGUCCUCUCUGUGAGAAGGAGGCAGAGUCCUGGGGAAGCCUCUUCAGCAGCGAGCGCCUGGAUGCUUGGAUCUGUUCCCUCAUCGGGUCGUUCAUGGUGGGGCUGAGCGGGGUCUUCCCCUUGCUGGUGAUCCCAGUUGAGACAGGAGCUGCGCUGCGGUCAGAAGCUGGAUCACACCGUUUGAAGCAGUUGCUGAGUUUUGCAAUUGGUGGACUACUGGGGAAUGUGUUUCUUCACCUGCUUCCUGAAGCCUGGGCCUACACAUGCAGUGCAACAACAGGAGAAGGCCAGAGCUUUCAGCAGCAGAAGAUUCUGGGUCUCUGGGUGAUCACUGGUCUCCUGACCUUCCUGGUGUUAGAGAAGAUAUUCCUAGAGAAAGAAGAGGAGUCCCCUGGUGUGGGCUGUGACUCCAAAGCACCAGCUGGAAAGAUUCCCAAUGGAAGUGGCUACCCCCUGCCAAAGGUGGCAGGUGAGUCCCAGAGAGCAGGAGCAGGAUCAGCCCAAUGUAAUGGUUCCUCUCUCCAGUCCUGUCCAACAAACAACAGAAUCAAGAUUAGUGGAUACCUCAAUCUGCUGGCCAACACCAUUGAUAACUUUACACAUGGCCUGGCAGUAGCAGCCAGCUUCCUGGUCAGCAGAAAGGUUGGGUUCCUAACCACAAUGGCCAUUCUCCUGCAUGAAAUUCCACACGAGGUUGGAGACUUUGCAAUCCUACUUCGGGCUGGCUUUGACCGCUGGAGUGCAGCCAAGAUGCAGCUUUCCACAGCUCUGGGGGGAGUUCUAGGAGCCUGCUUUGCAAUAUGUGCUCAGUCACCAAAAGGAGCAGGCGAAACAGUUGCCUGGAUCCUCCCUUUCACUUCUGGAGGAUUUCUGUAUAUUGCCUUGGUAAAUGUUGUGCCUGAUCUCCUGGAGGAAAAGAAUCCUUGGAACUCCCUGCAGCAAAUCCUGCUCCUGUGUACAGGCAUUACUGUCAUGGUGCUACUCUCCCUCACAACUGAGUGACCUCCUGCAGACCUCACGAUGCCUCCCAGAGCCACCCUGGUGACUCUGAGCUGUUACAAAGCAAUAAGAAACACAAAUGUUACUGCCUGUGUGUGUGUGUGCAGAGCUGGCUGCUGGGAUGAGAAGCAGGUGAGGAAGAGGCCUGGGUGUGCAGGACUUCAUUUCCUGGCUCUCCUAUCCCUCUUCUGCUAAAAUCCACACAUCAGGGCUUCCAUUUUUUGGUUUGUUUUUAAUGGAGCAAAAGAUACAGUGAGCAGAAAUGAACUGAACAACUGCUUCUUAGUGAAUGGACAAUAUUUCAUUCAGCUCAUUCUGAUGGAACUGCACCUCCCGAGCUCUUGCGUGAAAACAACAGAGGCGAUUCCUGUAGCUGAUGAAAAGGAAGGAAUUUUCCUACCACUCUAAGGGCUGGAGGCAGAACAGGGAUGGCAAAGUUAAGAACAAACUCAACAGCUUUAGCCAGGACUCCCUACCUGUGAGAAGUUAUGGUGCUAUGAGAUAGAGGGGAAAGGACCCUUUCCAACUUGAUCCAGCUUUUCAUUUGGUCCUAAAGGUAGCAUUAGCCUCAGCAGUCCACCUCUUUGAUCUAUUUGUGUAUGUUGAAAUUGAACCAAAAGCUUGAGGCACUGUAGGAUAGGUCACUACAAUUAAAUAGCUCACCUUGAACAUUACUUGCCUCAGCCCUAACCACUCCAGUAGCCAGCACAGCCUAACUGUUUAUCAAAAAAGUGGUCAGUAAAUGUUUCUUCUAUUGCAAUACUACUAGCUCACAUCUGGAAGGAAAGCCAUGUAGCUGUUGUGACUGAGCUCCCUCUCCUCAUAAUUAUUAGCUGGACAUGGCUCUGAGACUGCUCUUGUGACCUGACUCACCCCCCCUCUGCCCCACACCACCUUUCAGAGAUCUCUUGGAGUGUAGCAUUUUAACCCUGCCUGGCACACUACAGCAGCCCUAGGUCUGAGGUAGUUUGGGCAAUAGUUGAACACUACAGCUUGGUCAGCAACCAAUAACCCCUGGUUAGCUUUUCCUCUGUUCAGUGUAGACUAUUUAGGUGCAUGCUAUAUGCAAAAACACAGGUGGCAGCCUGUUUCUGGGCUUCUUAUCUCACCAUGAAGUUAGUCUGUUGGGGAUGAAUAAAUAAGAAAUAAUACUGACAGCCCAGAAAGGAAGGGGCACAGCAGCACAGAAAACUGGAGGGAGAGUGAAAUGGGAAGGGUGAAACUGCUAGUGAAAAGAUUCUUAAAAAUGGGUCAAGAAAAGCUGUGUGCUGAGUAGGGGAAGACAUAUGAAAGAGUGAUGAUUUCUUAUACUUUAAGAGAAGUUUAGUGUUGUGUGAUACUUGGGAUAAAAAAUUUGGCAAUUUGAGACCAGUAAAAAUAAAUGGCCUUAGUGCUUUGCCCACAUCUCAGCUCACAAGACUGUCCAGGCCAUCUUUACAGAGGGUUGUUUCAUUGCCACAGAGAUGUGCACAAGUACUAGAUCAUCCCUUCUGUAGAGCUUAUCCUCACUUUGCUUAAAUCUGCUUAAAACCAGGUCUCAUUGAACCAGUGAGCCUCUGAACACAACAGGUGCCACAACGUGAAUUGCACUAAGUCAUCCCUGCCUGUGAACAGCUUUUGUAAAUCAGUACAGCUCUGCACAAGACCUUAUCAAGAGGGCUUGUCCCCUGAGAGAGCAAUUUGGGUCAGAACAACAAGGCAGGUAUGCUGCCCACAGCAGAGGCAUUUACUUCCCUAAGAGAAUUCUGAAUUGUUGACACAGUUCUUUUUUUAUGACAGCUCCUGUCCUACUUUUCAGAGGGCACUGUAGAGCUCAUGCUUGCAGUUCUCUCUGCCCAGGAACUACUGUCUAAAUUUUUUUUUUCAGCUUUCCUUACCCCAGGCUUACAUCAGUAAUAGUUUCACUGCAGCAAAGGAGGUUUAGUGCAAUUUUUUUUAAUUCCUCCUUACAAAGUUGCCUUCUUUUGUCAAGUACUCUGUCAUUCAGUUGUCCCAAAGUUUGAAAGUAGCAUCCACUUUCUGCUUUCCUGGAAGGAGGAGUAAUCAGAUGAGCCUGCAGGGGCUGGAGGAAUAUACUAACCCUCUAGUUCUAGCUGUGGGGGGUUCUGUUCUCCCCCUUCCCCAGGGACUGAAGUUAAGCAGACCCUGUGGAAGAGGCCUGGAGGGAAGCAGGUUUGCACAGAAAGAUGUGUUUGCUGUUUCCCAAGAUGUCUUUCUCAAAAUAAGGCUGGCAUGGAAGUUGAAGCAUUGCCAGGUGAGUGCCUAUGAGCUGGCGUUGCAUCAGCACUGAGCCUUGCCAAGACUGAAAACCACAGUCAGGAGUUUGUGCUCAUCAUUCAGGAAUGUGAAGUGGGUGACACCAAAGAAGGAAUUUCUGAGUUUUUCUGAGCUGCUACCACAGGCCUGGGCAGUCUGUGAGUCUUGGGAUGGUACCCUGGUAGGAGGAGGUAGCAGGGGGGUUAUGAGAGGGAGGGGCUCUUUAGUUUUCCACUAAAUCAGCCCUAGGGCUAAGGAUGGAGAGGAAAUGUAGCAUCACUCCACCACUUUUGUCACUUUUGGAAAUGCAGAGAGAAUUGUAUUUUCUAUUUUUGCAGCUGCUCUUAUGCAUUUUCCCCCUUCAUCUGUAUUGGUCUGCUCUGCAUGGAGACAAUAGAGAUGAAAUAAAUGGUUUUCCGUGUG